AUGGCCCCUGAGGCCCCAGAUCCCCAGAGUCUGAAGUCAUGGCACGAUGCAUUUCAAUACCCGAUCCCGACGGUUCGUCGCGUAGAGCAGGAAUUGCGUCGGGACAUUGCGAGCAAUAAGGAGAAGCUCCGAGCUCUCGUGGGGACCCGAUAUCGAGAACUUGUUGGAACUGCCGAAACCAUUGUUUCCAUGAACCGGGAGAUACAGGAGGUGGAGGCUAUUUUGACGGAUGUUGGACGACGAUGCAACCCGCGACUUGUGGAGAAGAAGCACCAGCACGCGCGGUUGGUGAAGAGUGAUGCUGCUAAGAAGGAUGGCGAAAAGCACGCAUUUGGCGCGCAACUUGCGCUUCUCCACAGGUGUACUACAUCGAUCGCAAGAUUGCUGCGCAAACGGGCGUCGCUGCUACUCGUAGCAAAGAUUAUGGUCGUUUCUCGGCUACUGCACAGUACUCUUACAAAACACGGGAGCACGCCACCCUUCCUCGAUGACCUCCGCAAUCAAUUGGCUUCUCUCCGCCGAGCCUUGUUGAAACGGGUUGACAGACGUCUCACAUCCACAAACGUCGCAGAGGAUUACAUCGUCGAGUCAUUGGCAGCAUACUGCCUCGCUACAAGUUCGUCUUCAGACGACGCCAUUCACCAUUUCCACCAGGUGCGCCUGGAUGUCAUGGUCAACCAGCUGGCCUUAUCACGCGAAAACAUUCCAAAGAGUCUUCAACUAUUCGUUCGCACACUACAGACUUCGAAGGUGCUGAGGUCACGCCAAUUUUCUGAUGUUUUAUCCAAGCUAAAGACAAGACCUCUCCUCUCUGACCCAGAGAUUCGCGGCUUGGACGGCUUGGAUAUUGAGGUUCUUGGUCGCUGGGCUGCUCCCGAUGUCAAGAAUUUCACGCCUUGGAUUAAGCUGAGUGAAAUGAGCCGAUUUGAGGGUGUUGAGUCCAUUAAGCAGUGGUCCCUGCAGGCCUUUGACAAGUUUGUCGAGAGCUGCCAAAAGAGCCUUGCCCAUAGUAACAACUUCAACGAACUUCUAUCUCUCCGUGCCGAUACUGUGGAGCUAUGGCUAUCAUCCUGGGGCUCAACCAUCACACACAGCUCUGUUGACGUCCUCGAGCGUUUGCGUAAAAUUUUCCAUGACCACCUCAAACGGGUUCUGACUGCACAAGUGCAAACAAUCGAAGAAGUCGCGGCCCAAAUAGCAGCAACUAUUAAAGCCUGGGAAACCACUGAGCAUAAGACCAUCGGCUCCCUCUGGGGACCAGAUAUCAUCAAUGCAGAUUUCUCGAACGGUGCUGUUCUUUUCAAACAGACUGUUGCAGAUCGACUCUUUGGUCGUGACGAAGAUGUUUCUACCAUCCUUCAGAAAUACAAAUCAUGGCUUGCAUCUAUUCAGGAGGUCAAAGAGUCUAUUGACUCCCUACGUCGCCUGAAAUGGACCGACGUCCUCGUUGGCAGCGAGGUUGAGGACGAAGACAUUGAUGUCAACCCACAACUCAACGAGGAUGACCCCAAGUUCCUGUCAGAUGCUCUCCACUCCGCUGUGCAACAGGCUCUUGAAAGUCUCAACUCAUCAAUUGGCGAGGUCUUCCAAAGCUUUGGCCCCUCUCACGCAAGCGAAAAGGCCGUAUUUCUUCUCAGAGUUAUCCGCCUCGUGCGGAUGGACAUCCCAACAGACUUUCUUGCCAAGCACUUUACAUUCUCCAGCGAAGUUGUACCCGAACUGCAGAAGCUACUCGCCACCGAGAUUGUUGCUCAAAAUGGCUCAUUAUCAUUCGUUCCGUCAUCGAAAUGUCACCCCGAGACCGGCAAGGUCAAGAUUGUUCCUGGCAGGUCGCUCUGGGAAGGUGAACCGCCUGUCCCGGUGCAACCUUCACCAGGUGCAUUCAAAUACCUGCGUCGUCUGACAGCCACGAUGGAUGAAAAGGGGUCGGAUCUCUGGGACCCGUCAACCGUAAAGGUAUUGAAGCAGUUGCUGCAGAAGCAUCUGGAGAUUUCACUUGGCUCUGUCCUCGAUGAACUCGAAGCCUGGAAACCCAAGACCAAGGAGUCCAAGUCUAAUGGCGAUAAGGAAGUUCAAAACGGCGGCGAAGAGAAAGACGCAGAAACAUCCACGGAGACCGAGACUGCCGAGACUCCAGAACUCCCCAAUGCACCAUCCCACACUGAAAUUCUCCGCGACUGGAAAGUCCAACUCUUUUUUGAUGCGAUGUAUCUAGCCAACAUGCUAGGCGACGCGACCCAGCUGGCUGGCGUCGCUGAACGAGUACAGAAGAGCGCAGAGCCAAGCGCGGAAGCAGUCAAGGCUGUGCGGAAACUGGCUCAGGAAUAUUGGAAGCGUACAGAGAUGCUUUUUGGAUUGGUGGCUUAG